AUGUUCCCCCCGCAAGCGGCCAAUCUCAACAUCGAGGCCUUGAGUGGCAUCUGUGGCUCAAUCUCAAUUGCCUGCUGGGUUGUCGUAUUCUCACCUCAAAUCAUUGAGAACUUUCGCCGUGGCUCUGCUGAUGGACUAUCUCUUCUUUUUCUAAUUGUCUGGCUGGCUGGAGAUGUAUUCAAUAUUCUUGGUGCUGUCUUGCAGGGCGUGCUCCCUACUAUGAUUAUCUUGGCCGUAUAUUACACACUGGCAGAUAUUGUUCUUUUGGGACAGUGUUUCUACUACCGAGGCUUCAAUAUCCGCGAUGAGUUUUCUUCAUCGCCGUCUCCAGAACCUGGCCCAGUCGCCACUGGUGCGCUGGAUAGCGCAGAAGGCAGCACCUCCGAGGCUGGGACAGCACCGACUGAACGAUCGGCUUUGCUACAAAAGUCAAAUGGACAUGUCCAAAUUCAGGGACCGGCUGGGAAUCUACAUAAAGGGCAAUCUUCCCGAGAUAAUGGACAUCCCACUUCAUCCUCCUCAGCGCAGGGAAGACGGCUAUCUGCUUCCUCUUUCACGAACCAUGUGGAUGGGACACAUCUGUCUCCAGCGACUCCACUUGUCGACCCGAACUCCGAUAGGGCUCGUUACCAACGCCGUCGCCGCCGCAUUUCUACCAUUCAAACCAUCCUCUUCAAUACGACAGCCAUCGCUCUCGUCUGUGCCGCCGGUAUCCUCGGCUGGUGGGUUAGCCCGGGGUCAAAGAAGUCGAAAUCGGACCCCGAGCCUCUCACUCUGGAUCCGCUGGGCCAGUUUUUUGGAUACCUGUGCGCCGUGUUCUAUUUGGGCUCUCGAGUUCCUCAGCUGCUACUCAACUACCGCCGCAAGUCUACAGAUGGAGUCUCUCUGUUAUUCUUCCUGUUUGCCUGCAUCGGUAACUUGACUUACGUUCUGUCUAUCAUGGCAUACUCGCCAGUCUGCCAGGGUACAGUGUCGGUUGAGAACACCCUGGGCGAGUUCUCGCACCGUCAUCGCCCGCAUUGCCGUCCCGGAGAGGCAGCAGCCUUGUACGGACGGUAUGUCUUGGUGAACUUGUCCUGGCUCGUGGGCAGUUUUGGAACUUUACUGUUGGACAUGGCGAUUUUUGUGCAAUUCUUCUUGUAUAGGGAUGCGAAGAGUUUGGAUGAUGAAUAUGUUGGAGAUGAAUGA